CGCUUGGUCAAACGCCUCAGGGUGAGUUCUUUCACUGCUCCUUUGGGAUUUUACUCCCCACUGGGUUUGGUCCGAGGCUGUGAUGAGUCUUGUAAACGUGUCGGCCAAACCGUAACUGAACGCGGGUAGGAAAAUAAUUUGAGCAGAGAUUCAACUUGAUGGCACUGUUGAAUGCCUUCCAUCAAGAUGUUAAUCAUUUGAAUAGACCGAUGUCAUUGGUAUUUUAGUUUUAGAGAUACAGCACAAGUCCUUUGGCCCACUGAGCCCACGCCAACCACCGAUCACCUGUAUACUUGUUCCUUGUUAUCCCAAAGAUAGACAAAAAAUGCUGGAGUAACUCAGCGGGUCAGGCAGCAUCCCUGUAUGACACAGCAUCUGCAGUUCCUUCGUGCUCAAGAAUCUGUCAAUCUCUGCUUUAAAAAUACCCACUGACUGGGCCUCCACCGCCUUCUGUGGAAAUGAAUUCCACAGAUUCACCACCCUCUGACGAAAUAAAUUCCUUCUCAUCUCCUCUCUAAAGUUAUGCCCGUCCCUUCUUUCUCCAGUGUUGCUUCAUUCUUUAACGUAACAAUUUAAGGAUACAAAUACUCCAACUUUGGAUUUAACUUUGCCAGCUUCUGUUCCCAACCCCUUGCUGUGUAAUGAUAUCGGGUUGUAUUAGCUUAAUCUGGACUCUGAAUGCUCUGUGCCUUGUGUAUCUCAGUAACACAGCACCAGCAGUCACUUUGAAGGCCUGGUGAUAAGGGCAGGAAAGUAGUCCGUCUCCCUGUAAGCUAUUCUGCCAUUAAAAGGAACACGCUCGACACAUUCACCCAACGACAAGUUAAAUAUAGAAGAGGAUUACAGAGCCAUUGUUUUCAGUCAUGUCAAAUAAGAUUAUAUACUUGAAAUGGAAUGUCACCUGACCUUUCGGUGAAUUGUCCGUCUCCGCGUCUAUUUAAAUGUUAGGGAAUUGCUCUCUUGUUGAAUAUCUGCUCUCCCUGUCCUUCGGGCGACUUAAGCAGGUGGAAAAUGCACGCACUUCAUAAAAGCAGAACUGCAACUGAAGAGAUCAAGCCACCCAGCAAACAAAGCAGCCUCAAAUCAUUGCUCUCCCUGUCCCAGUUUGUAUUGACUUCUGGCCAGCCCGGACAGCCCGCCUUUCAAAAACAUUCAAGAAUUUCUUAUCUGGAAGUGGAAGUUCUCGAUGCUCAGACAAGGAAGCAGAUUUGCAUUCUGGAAAAGAUGCUUCCUUCGUUUACCAUUGCUGAUGUGAAGCACAAGUUUUACAAAGCGUGUCCCCAGUGGUACCCUUCACGGGUCGGCUUGCAACUUGAAUCCAAUGGUCCUCCACUGAGGGAAACCCAAGCCCUUAAGAACCUUGCAACCUCAUCCAUUAUUACAUUAUACUUCAGAGAUCUGGGGACACAGAUAAACUGGACCACGGUCUUUCUAACAGAAUACACUGGGCCUCUCUUAAUCUACCUGUUGUUUUAUUUUCGCUUGCCAAAUCUUUACGGUUUGGAGGACAUAAACCACUAUAGCCGCCAACCCGUGGUGCACUUGGCUUGUCUCUGCCAUUCUCUUCACUACACCAAGCAGAUCCUCGAAACACUCUUCCUGCACUGCUUCUCUAACGAGAAUACUGCUCUGGAGAAGCUGCUGAAGGGCUGUGCCUUCUACUGGGGUUUUACUGCAUGGAUGGCUUAUUACAUCAACCACCCACUGUAUACACCUCCCAGCUUUGGCAAUAGACAAGUCAUGCCAGCUCUGGUCUGUUUUCUGGUCUGUGGAGCUGGAAACUAUUUUACAAAUGCUGUUAUAAUCCAAGUGCAUAAAACAGGUACCAAGAAUCAUUUUGUGAGACCAACUUACAACCCCUUAACAUGGCUUUUCAAACUGGUUUCUUGCCCCAACUAUACAUACGAGAUGGGAGCCUGGAUUAGCUUCACCAUUAUGACUCAAACAUUUCCAGUUGCCGUCUUCACUCUGAUGCUCUCUCUCCAGCUGAUAUUGUGGGCUCAAAGGAAGCAUUACCAAUAUCAGAAAGAUUAUAAAAAUUAUCCCAGCUACCGAACGGCCUUGAUCCCAUUCAUACUUUAAGCGCCUGAGUUCAUGCAUGUAGAUCUAGAGUUUUUAUACAUUGGUGUAAAGGAUGUUAAGCUUCGACUGCAGUGAAAAUAAAUAAAUGGAAAGAUGGUGACUCGCUUUCAAUGGGCCUGCACUAUUGCACAAACUCAUGAGCAACGGUGGUGCUAUUGUGUUAGACAGGAAGAAGCAGAGAUUGUCAGUGUAGCCAUGGUAACGUGAGCAAUAAGCAAACAUAAGGAGACAGAAGCUGCUGAUAAACCUGAUGAAAGUUGAUGGCAGGGAGUGUAGGAAGGAAGUGCAGAUGCUGGUUUACAUUGAAGAUAGGUACAAAUUGCUGGAGUAACUCAGGCAGCAUCUCUGGAGCGAAGGAAUGGAUGACAUUGCUGGUCGAGACACUUUUAGUUUUUUUUAGUUUUAAAGAUACAGCGCAGAAACAGGCCAUUCAGCCCACUGGGUCUGUGCCGACCAGCGACCCCCGCAUAUUACCACUAUCCUACACACACUAGGGAGAAUGUUUACAUUUAUCAAGCCAAUUAACCUGCAAACCUGUACGUCUUUGGAGUGUGGGAGGAAA